GUGGUUGGACCCACUUCCCCUCAUCUCCAAUCGGACGUCAUCCCUCGAACCUCGCCUCCAAAAAUUCAAUCCGUCCAGAUUUGACCCCCUUGCGGUGGUGGGUCUUAAAUUCGUGUUUUCUCUCUUCUGAUCAAGAUUGGUUUGGUGUCUGUUUUUGGCGGGGUACACAUCUUCUUGGACGACCCGGAUUGAUGGGGUUUGACCCACAAUCCGUUAGCUCGUGUGUGUUGCGUCCUUUGCUUUUGCCCGAAAGGCGUGUGCUCGCUUUGCUUUGCUCUGCUUUUUCAUUCUCGAUUUUGAGCAGUUCUUGAAUUGGGCUGCUACGACCCUUUUCUCUGCGCCCCCUCUCGCUCUCUCUCUAGAAAAUACAGCGACCCGAAUCGGAAUAGAGACCGAGAGGAUCUGGGAAAGAUUUCAAAUCCCGAAAUUCUCUGGUCGUCAGCUUUUAUUUGGCGGUGAUCUUCAAUUCCUGAUGGACUUAAAGAUGGAUCUCGAAGAGACUUUACGUGCUCAAACCUGGGGAAAGCCUUCCUCUGUGAAUGAUUUACCCAGGCACGUUCCCCCAGACCGUCGGCAAACACCAUUCCUGAAUUUUGCCUCACGCAAGAAUCAGCACAAGCAGGAAGAUCAAGAUCCUUCAAUCUCAAAUUACAGCAUGAGGAUCGAACCUCCUUUCUCUGAAUUUAAUCGUCCCUCUGAAUGCCAGCCAUCUCUUCCUGGCAAACCCACCAGUCAAGAUCGAGGUGUCCAGAUGAAUGAUAUGCUCCAACUUGGUAAGACGCAAGAGUGGGACCCAAAAGCGAUGCUAAAUAAUCUCUCCUUCCUGGAACAGAAGAUCCAUCAGCUUCAGGAUUUAGUGCACGUUAUUGUUGGAAGGAGAGGACCAGUUUUGGGACGACCGGAUGAGCUUGUGGCACAGCAACAGCAACUCAUAACUGCCGAUCUCACUUCGAUAAUCAUCCAGCUGAUCUCUACUGCUGGUAGUCUCCUACCAUCAGUGAAGAACUCCCUUUCUUCUGCAUCCACGCCGCCCAUCAGGCAGCUGGGUCAGCUUGGUGGGAUUUUAGAUAAUUCUGGAUCUGGAAUUGGUCUUAACAGCAAUCUUAUGCUCCCAAGUCAAGGCGGAAACAAAGACCCCGACCAGUCUAACCAGGUGGAUCCAAUGGGUCACUCUGGUACCGAUAAUAUGGAGGAUCAUGAAUCAAAAGAUGAUGAAGAUGGUGAUGAGGGGGAAAAUCUUCCUCCGGGUUCCUUUGAGAUCUUACAACUAGAGAAAGAAGAAAUCCUUGCACCACAUACUCACUUUUGUACCAUAUGUGGGAAGGGAUUUAAGAGGGAUGCUAAUUUACGCAUGCACAUGAGAGGUCAUGGGGAUGAAUACAAAACGCCGGCAGCACUUGCGAAACCCCACAAGGAAGCUGGUUCCGAAAUGAUGCUUAUUAAGAGGUACUCCUGUCCAUAUGCGGGUUGUAAGCGCAACAAGGAUCAUAAAAAGUUUCAACCUCUGAAGACGAUAUUGUGCGUCAAAAAUCAUUACAAGAGAACCCACUGUGACAAAAGCUAUACAUGCAGCCGUUGCAAUACCAAGAAGUUUUCGGUCAUCGCGGACCUUAAAACGCAUGAGAAGCACUGUGGGAAGGAUAAAUGGCUUUGUUCCUGCGGCACUACAUUCUCCAGGAAAGACAAACUUUUUGGACACAUCACUCUCUUCCAAGGCCACACCCCAGCGAUUCCCCUUGACGAGAAUAAGGGAGCAACUGAGCAAUCUUUGCAAGGAGAACAUAGUGAAGACACGAACAAAGUUGGUAAUGUGAGUUUCAAUUUCGGCUCCAGCACUCCCAGUUCGGGUGGAGUUCAGAACAUCAUGGAGGACGUCAAAGGGAAUGUCGAUGACCCGUCGAGUUUCUUUUCCCCUUUGAACUUCGAGGCCAGUAACUUUGGUGGGUUUAAUGAGUUCACACGAUCUGCUUUUGAUGAUUCGGAAGGCGCAUUCUCAUUUCUCCUUCAAGCGUCUUGUAAUUACCCCCAGAAAAAUGGAGGUCAGUCGAGUUCUAAUAAUCUAGAGUAACGGUGUUGGCCAAGCAUGCACCAGGGUUUGUGAGUUUCAGCUUUCUUUCGCAAUUGUAGAAGGAGGUGGCCUGAUUUUAUUGACUGAGCUUUAAUAAAUUCUUGUUUACCAAUAGCUUUCAUCUGUACUCUAUGGUUUGUUGGAUUGAUUUCGGAUGUUGUGAGGGUCAGAGAUGUGCUUCAUUUCCUGUGAAUCCAAUUGCACCCCUUACUUUUCCUUGUA